AUGCCACAGGAAGAACAGGCUCGCAAAGAAGCCCUCCGAAAUUACCCCAAGCCAUCAUGGAUGCAGACGCGCGGCACUCUCAACAUUGGGAUUGCUGGCAAUUCUGGGUGUGGCAAGAGCACCCUUGUCAAUUCCCCUCGCGGCUUGAAUGAUGAUGACCCAGGCGCGGCGCCAACUGGGGUUGUGGAGACAACGGCCAAUCCAGUGCCUUACAAGCUCUGCGAGCGACAUUUCCCCGUGAACAUCUACGAUUUGCCCGGAGCAGGGACGCUCAAGAUCCCUCGCGACACCUACAUCCAGAAGAUGGGCAUGAUAUGGUUCGAUGCGGUUAUCAUUGUGACUGCCCAGCGUGUCACAGAGACUGAAACACUUCUUGCCGAGGAGUUGAAGCGAAACCGCGUCCCGACCUUUUUUGUCCGCAACAAGGUGGACUUCGACAUCCAGAACGAAAUGCGGCGCAAAGUAGAUCCGGACGAGGCAAUGGACAAGAUGCGCACAAACAUGAUAAAUAACCUGGGCAUUUCGAAUCCGUACCUCGUAUGCGCAUGGAAGACCUCAGAGUACGACUUCCCACGGCUCGUGAGAGACCUGGUGACCGCUGUGCUCAAAGCGCGCAACGUACCUGACAGCGCCAUACAUGAGGCCCUGGUUACCAUGGGCAUUGGCGCACAAGUUCGGAUGCCCAAGACAGCACGCUCCAUGGAUGUGGCGAUGUCGCCCAUGACGCAGCGGGGCGCAGUCAGUCGGUCUGCGCCUGCUUCGCUACCGACGCUCGCGCAACCGUCCGCUCCGCACCCGUCGCCUUCGCAGAUGGCUUCUGGGCCGAUAGCUCCGCAGGCGACCGUGUCAGCAACGGCGAAGGUUCAGGAAGCUGCUCGGCGCGCAAGGAGGAACAAUGGAGUUCUUAAGGUGGACUUCAGCACACGUUUUGAAGGACCAGCCUUUCGGUUCGCCGAGGAUCUGCACUGA